CUCUCAGCUUACAGCCUGUUACCAAAACAAAACAGGAAAACAUGGUGCAAAACUAAAACCUAUAUAAAACCCCUUUUAAGACUGUUUCAGUUAGUGCUAAAAUCCUGGCGCGGGUGUGAACAACGGUUAUAGAGCAAUGGCGAGAAAAUUGUUUGUGCAGCAGUCUUCUACAGUUUCUUUGUCUGCGUUUACUCUACGCCGCCCUUUAACCAAAGGCCUCAAUCCUCGCAAUGAUUAUAUUACUGCAAGAAUUAACCGCUUCCCAAAUCAGAGUAAUUCCAAAGUUGUUUCUGGCUCUGCUUCUGCUUCUAUUUCUGCUCUGUGCAGUGUCCGUGGAAACGGAAACCCAAGCACACCAAUAGGUUCCUUUAAUGAGUUGAUUGAAUCUUUGAUAAAUCGAGUGGAUUUAACGGAGUCUGAGGCAGAGGCGUGUCUGGAAUUUUUGUUAACUGAAGCUAAUGAGGCUCUGAUUAGUGCUUUUCUUGUUUUGUUGAGAGCCAAAGGCGAGACCUUUGAAGAAGUUGUGGGCUUGGCGAGAGCAAUGAUAAAGCAUGCUUGGAAGUUAGAAGGGUUAAAUGAUGUGGUUGACAUUGUUGGAACGGGUGGUGAUGGGGCAAAUACGGUGAAUAUUUCCACAGGUGCUUCAAUAUUGGCUGCAGCUUGUGGUGCAAAAGUUGCCAAGCAAGGGAACCGAUCCAGUUCAUCUGCAUGUGGAAGUGCUGAUGUAUUGGAAGCUUUGGGGGUAGUUAUUGAUUUGGACCCAGAGGGAGUAAUGAGCUGUGUGAAUGAAGCUGGAAUUGGUUUCAUGAUGGCACCAAAGUACCACCCGGCAAUGAAGAUUGUGAGCCCUGUUAGAAAGAAGCUAAAGAUUAAAACUGUGUUCAAUAUAUUGGGCCCUAUGUUGAACCCUGCAAGAGUACCUUUCGCUGUUGUUGGUGUUUACACUGAAGAUCUAGUUUUCAAAAUGGCUAAGCACUUCAACGGGCCUGGGCGAAUCCUUGAUGUUACUCCAGAGAAAAUUGAGAAGUUCUCAUUUGAUCCGUGUAAGAUCUUGUUAGUAAUUCAUCCUUUUUUGAGACUAGAGAAUAGUUGUACCAUUGAAGUGAAGUUGAGUCCUUGUUGGAUGUGUAAGAUAUCAUGUGGAAUUCGGUGUUCCCACCGUUGUACGCUAGAUGACCUGCGAGGUGGUGGACCGGGGUACAAUGCCGAUGUAUUGAAGCACAUACUCUCAGGGGAAAAAGGGCCCAUUGCAGAUGCACUUGUAUUGCACCCUAAACCACUUCUUUUGUUUCUGUUCUCUCUUUGCAUGUGCAUUCCAUGUCUGUAUUCCCUUUCUGGAUAA